AUGUGUGUGAACAAUGAUGUCCAUGGUAUUACAACCAACAACACCUCCAUAGAUUUAAAAAUAGUAACUAUGGAUAAAUUAUCUAAACAUUUUGGUAUUUAUUACGAUGAUACGUGUAGUAUUGAUGAAAAUACUGCUAAUCUAAUAUGUAAAUCUCUUGAUGAAAUAGAAUAUUAUAAAAAAAAAUUACAAAUUUUGAAUAGUUUAAAUUAUUCGAAACAUGUUAAGUAUAACUCAACUUCAACCUCAGUCAAUACUAGUGGCACCAUCGAUACCCAUAAUGAUGAAGACAACACUUUGCAAAUGGUUUUGUUUUCAGAUGAUGUAUCACAGCACGAUGAUUAUUUUGAUGAAACUACUGUGCUAAGUAGCAGUUUUAACAAUAACAAUACGGAUCAUAAUCUUGAUGGCAACAACUGUUGUAACGAAGAUUUACAAGUUCACCAACAAUGUAUAAUUUCUUCAGAUCUCUAA